AUGCCGGAAUCAUCCCAAACUUCUUCGCGCCGUACAUCUUCCGAGAACAAGAAGGCCCAGGAACGAUGGACUAAAGAUGAGGAAAAACUGUUAGUCCAACUAUGGGCUGAAAAACACGAUCAGUUGGAAAGCAGAGAGUGCAGGAAAACGUGGGCCUGGAUCGCUGAGAAGAUUUCGAAAGCGCUACAGUCCAACAAGACGGCCGACAAAUGUAUUCGGAAAAUGAAGUACAUCAUAGAAAGAUACAAGAAUACAAAAGAUUGGAACAAAAACCAAACAGGAGGAAACCUUAGGAAAUCCGUCUACUACGAUGAGGUCGAUAAGAUCCUUGGAUGCCGCGACCUAGUAACCUUCAAUAAUGUAGCCGAAGCGGGGAUCAGCGGCGAAAGUGCCCCCCAAGUUGUAGCUGAAUCAAGUGAUACUACUGGCGAGAACAGUACUUCAUCUAGCCCCAAUGUGCUACAAACUCCAGCUGAAAAGAGAAGAGCGUCAAAGAAAGGGAAACGAGCUUCGAAACGCAAAGCUCCUGAUAAUGACAGCGACGAAGAGUUCAAGAUGGCUCUAAAGGAUAUGAGGCAGCAGGGGGAGAAAGUUACAGCAUUUAUGGAUUCUUUGCAACAAUCACAGACGCAGCAGCUAGCCAUGAUGAACCAAUUUAUGGGCUCCAUUGUGAAAAUCCUUGGCCAACAGAAUGAGAAAGACAACUGA